GUAAUGGAGCCCACUGUUGUGAGUACAUCCUCCUUGGCCCCCGAUGAGUUUGACAGGAACGUGCCUCGAAUCUGCGGCGUGUGUGGCGACAAAGCCACCGGCUUUCACUUCAACGCCAUGACCUGCGAGGGCUGCAAAGGAUUUUUCAGGCGCAGUAUGAAGCGCAAGGCCUCCUUCACGUGUCCCUUUAACGGCAGUUGCACCAUCACCAAGGACAACAGGCGCCACUGCCAGGCAUGCCGGCUCAAACGCUGUGUGGACAUUGGCAUGAUGAAAGAGUUCAUCCUGACAGACGAAGAAGUGCAGAGGAAGAAGGACCUCAUUCAACGGCGAAAGGACGAGGAGGCCCAACGCGAAGCGGAGCGGGAGGCGCGGCGACCUCGACUCACCGACGAACAGAGUCAAGUCAUUGCCACGCUGGUGGAGGCGCACCACAAAACCUUCGACGACUCCUACUCUGACUUUUGCCGCUUUCGGCCUCCUGUGCGCGAGGGGCCAGUGACACGUAGCGCCAGCAGAGCCGCUUCCCUCCACUCUCUGUCGGACGCCUCCUCCGAUUCCUUCAGUCACUCUCCGGAAUCGGUCGACACCAAAAUGAACUUAAACAACUUGAUGAUGAUGUAUCAGGAGCAGGGCAGUAGCCCUGAUUCCAGUGAAGAGGAAGCCUCCAGUUUCUCCAUGCUGCCCCACCUGGCCGACCUGGUGUCCUACAGCAUUCAGAAGGUCAUUGGCUUUGCCAAGAUGAUCCCGGGCUUCAGAGAGCUGACUGCAGAGGAUCAGAUCGCCUUGCUCAAGUCGAGCGCUAUUGAGGUGAUCAUGCUGCGCUCAAAUCAGAGCUUCAACCUGGAAGACAUGUCCUGGAGCUGCGGUGCGCCCGACUUUAAAUACCAGAUCAGUGAUGUCACUAAAGCGGGCCACACUCUGGAGCUGCUGGAGCCGCUGGUUAAGUUCCAGGUGGGCCUCAAGAAGCUCAGCCUGCAUGAGGAGGAACAUGUACUGCUGAUGGCCAUCUGCUUACUUUCUCCAGACCGCCCGGGUGUGCAAGACCACGCGCGGAUCGAAGUCCUCCAAGACCGCCUGUCGGAGACCCUGCAGGCCUACAUCCAACUCAACCACCCCGGAGGAAGCCUGCUCUAUGCCAAGAUGAUUCAGAAGCUGGCCGACCUGCGCAGCCUCAACGAGGAGCACUCCAAACAGUACCGCUCGCUCUCCUUCCAGCCAGAGCACAGCAUGCAGCUCACCCCGCUGGUGUUGGAGGUGUUUGGCAGCGAGGUCUCCUAAAGGGAGACCACGCCCAUGCGGUGACACAAUGGAGGGAGGAAGCUGAUGAUGAUGAUGAUGAUGAUGAUGAUCUGGAUUGGCCGUCAAGUAUGUGCGUCUCUUUCAAGAGUCUGUCCGGAGAGCAAAUGGAUGUUGAAGCGACAGUAAACAAGGGAACUACAUUCAGUACAACUUAAGCUAAGCAUACUUCUCUGCCUCUUUACGGUGUUUUUUUUGUUUGUUUUUUUUUUGUCUAUUUAAAUCAACGCUGCUUCAAACGCCUGGACGUGUUGUGCACGCGCACAGUGCACAGCAACAACAACCAACACACUCAGUUAUUCAUUUAGCCAUUCCGUUGAGCUACCUCUUUUUUUACCGGGGUUGUUUUAUAUUUCUAUCACCUCUGUGGAUGCUUUAGAUACCGUACGGAUGACGUUUUAUUGGAUGAAACCAGUGCCUCUGCAUGACUUUAUUAAGUGGUUAUUUUCAUGUUCAUCUGCUUGUCUCCAAGGCAGUGUAUAUUUAUGUAUACCAACCUUUCAUCUCUCACCAAAGGUAUGGUUCCUCUACCGUCUCGGAAAACCAUCUUGCUGCUCUUUGGCAUGCGGCCGCGCAACAUGCUAACAAUUUUAUUUUGGUUUUUUUUCUGACUAGCCUCACAAGCCCAUGAAGGAAAACGGUCAGUAUUUCGGGUUAGACUGCAGAGUGUUGGUCUGUCAUUUAGCAGAUUGGAUUUUGGUUUGCUUGGUUUUUGGAGGUGAGAAUCAGCCACUAAAUGUGUUAGCUACUAUUUUAUUUUGUAACCGCAGUCUGUCAAUCAAACCGGGCCAACGUCAUGGCUUGUUGCUCCUUUAGUUCGUUUCCCGAUAUAGUUUAUUCCUUGUAAAUAGCUAAUUGCUACCAUGUGUAUCCUCAGCACUGUUGUAUCACCAUUUAUUCAAGCCUAUAUGCUAUAUAUCAUAGAUUUUAAAGGGCUAAAUGCCAAAUCUAACUGGAUUAGUGAAUUAAGGCUUCAGUAAGAGACCUGACUUGUUAAUAUAUGGCUGUAUACCAUACUUGGAGUUGGCAUAGGAAUGGAUAUAAUUGCUCCAUAUUUUUCUUUUCGUUGCUUUUUUUUUUUUAAUGUCACCUCAUCUUCCUAAAACCAUUUCAAGAGUUAUUCCUCCACGGAAUAUCGUGAGCUCGGUGGGAUGUGGAGCUUUGCAUACAGC